AUGUUUGGAAACCGAGCUCCGUCGAAGAGCAAGGCCGCUGCUGAUUUGCGAGACAUUGCCCUUGAAGGCGUGCAGCUUAUUGCUGCAACUUCUGGUGCCAUGGCGUUGUUCAGCGACCUAGAGGACAAUUCCAAGUUCCCAUGGGACUACGAAGUCGUCAUCUUUGACGAAGGGUCUCAGGAAACCGAGCCAGCAAUCCUGGUGCCGCUCAUGGGCAGUAAAAAGAUCGACCUAAUUAUUAUAGCACAAAUUCGCAAUCAUAUAUCCUUGCCCGACGGAACUGUAUAUGGCUCACUUGACUUGAUGAUUCUCGGAGAGUCUAGCCCCUGA